AUGGAAACGACGCUAUCGACUGACACAGCCUUGUACCAUGGGCGUGCCUGCAGUGUCUGGUCGAUUUCGGCCAAAGACGCCUUCGUCUACGAGGUCAAGCAGGGCUUCGACUACUUUGUCGUUGCACUUGCUGAUGGAGGCCACGUCAGUGCCGAUGACGAGACCCGUCUGCCGCGUCUGCAGGAGCAAGACGUGCUGUGGAUGCCCUUCGAAGGUCGCUGUAGGAUCGAAGGAGCCACGGCGUUGCUGGUGGAGAUUCCCCACGGUACCAGGGAGCCCACAAAGCCCUUGAUGGCGACUUCGACCGUUUCGGGAGAGGUGGGCACGAAGAUGCUCCUCAACAACGAUGUGGUGAACGUUUGGGACUUCCGCAUUGCCGCGGGGCAGCAGUGCCAUUUGCACCAACACCUUCUGGACUACUUCUUCGUGAACCUAAAACCAAGCCAGACGCAGGCCCUGGAUGAAGCCAAUCAGCUGCGGGGAGCGCCACAAUUUCAGGAAGCCAUGCAGCUGACGUAUGUGGAACUGGCAAGUCCUGCUGUUCACGCCGUACUCAACGUUGGCACGGAAGAGCUCAAACAGAUCAUUGUUGAGCUCAAACCAAAGGCAUGUGCUGAUGCCAAAGAGGCCAAACAGACGUUGGAGCGACAGAAGUUGAGACAGGCCAGGUCAUUUGAUGCUCCGGCUCCCAUGCAGAAGCGCAACAGGCGCUCGUCCAACCUGGAGGAUGGAGAGGUUCGGAGCCGUACCUGGAAGCAAAACGUCUUCAAAAAGCUCUCCAAGGGUGCCGGGACAAGCGGAACGGAGGCAGCGGGUCUCAUUUCGCAGCUGCGCUUCCACUAUAAACUCAACAGCAAGGAGUACGCGCUGCUCAUCUCCUUUUUGUCGCAACGCAGCGUGUGGAGCAGUGCAUUGCACCUCUUCUCCGAGAUGCGGGAGGUUAGUUUGCAGCAAGAUGAGAUGGCCUACACCAGCGUCAUCAGCGGCUGUCGCCCUGCCAGGCGCUGGCAGCAUGCCCUGGAGCUCUUUGCUGAGAUGCAAGAGAACGAGGUUGUGCCAAGCGUGUCCACCAUGAACGCCCUAAUCUCCACCUGUGGACAGGCCGGCAGCUGGCGCGCCGUGCUGAGCAUUUUCGAGAACAUGACGACCAUGUAUGCGAUUCGCCCUGACGGGAUCUCCCUGAAUGGUGUCAUCGAAGCGGCGGCCCUUGGGCAGCAAUGGCUUUUGGCCUUACGGCUUCUGGUGGCAAUCCCAGAGCCCCAGGCGUUCCAUUUCAAUCAAGCGCUGCGCGCCUGCGAGAGGUCAAGUUGCUGGGAGCAGUGUAUCCAACUCCUGCAGGAUCUGCGCAGGCUUCGCAAAGCACCAUCGAUGCUGCAGUACCAUUCCAGCAUUUCUGCCAUGGGUCAUGAGAGCCAGUGGAGUUUGGCAUGCCAUUUGCUGGGCGAGGCUGAACGAGGUGGAAUGGCUGCGCGGCCAGAAACCAUCGAGGCGGUGCUGAAUGCUUGCCUCCUAGCGAGGCGACCGCAACUUGCUUGGAGCCUUUUGCCCAAGGCCCUCGCGCGAGGUCUCACCCCCGAUCCUUCAGACUUGGUCAGCUCGUUGUACCAUGGCAUCACCUGGCAGGAGGUCCUCCGGCUCCUGGACGACACCAGCCAUCCCUGGCUGCAGGCAUCGCUGGUGCCGGCGCUUGAGGCAGCCCCUCGAGCGCUCCUUGGUGGCGGUUGGCUCAUGGGCCCGGAAGCUGGACAGCUGGGACAGCUGGACCCCUCUGGCGCUGACGGCCGUCUCUUGGGUCACGUUGCCUGGCAGAUCACGCUAGGUGUCUUCGUACUCUCCAUGGCGUGGGCGCGCAGGAUGCAGGCCCAAAGGCUGCUAGGCUACUUUCUUCUGGCUGCCCUGCUGUUGGCCGUGCCCUUUGGCGAGUCCGUGGCGGAAUCCUUCACUGACGAGUUCUUUCGUCUGAAGGGAGGUGCCACUUAUCGCCUGGCUGCUUCAACACCAGGUACUUCGGUCCUGGACGCCACAAUGCUUCACUUCGAGCACGAUGACUACGUGAAUGUGUCCAAAGGCGUUGGCUUUCAGAAGGCGAAGCAUCUCUAUUGCGUGGCACCUGUAUUGAGUCAAAAAGAUCAACGUGCCGUAAGCUUCUGGGUCGUGGGCUACGACUGCUGCGACAAGCGAGGGGCUUUCCACUGCCUUGGCGCGCAGGACAUCACCAUUCGCGCCGGCGUGGUGCUGCGGGAUCGCUCUGGCGUCUUCACCCAAGCUGCACGCAUGGCGCAAUCGGUGCACGACUUGCAGAUUCUCACGAAGCACGAGAUCCUUUUGCUCGCCUGGAUGAAGGAUCCAGAGAUGUACAUGCAGCACCUGCUGGCCAGAUUCUCCAAACCCCCGGCCCUGCAGUGCCCUGACCUAUGCGGCCAUGUGCAGCGCUGGGUGGCUGCUGGUGAGAUUUUCUCGGCCAAUCCACGAGAUUCCCGGGAUUCCGAGGUGGAAGGUGCAUCCAUCAACCAGACGAUGACGAUUGAGUACCCCCCAAAAAAACGCGACUGGCAGCGGGCUUGCGACGGACAAGCGGAGGAUGAUGAUGACGUGCAAUUUGACCAGCACCAUGAAUGUGAUUUCCGUUCAGAUGCAGCACCAUAUCCACCUGUGCCUCGCCUCAAAGCCAUUGAGGUCAGCAGGGAGCUUUGGGAUCAAGCCAUCAAAGACUAA